UUUCGCCUGUUAGGUGUAUCCGGUGGAAGUUUCCCAGGAGCACGAGUGUGCGCGUGCUCGCAUUGUUCCGUCGCAUGCGUGCUGAUGCGUGCGCGAGUUCUCAAAUGUUCUCCAAGCGAAGUACCGGUUUCCGCGGCAACCGCGAUUUAUCGAUUCGCUUAGGCGUCGCCGGCGAGUAGCCACUGCAGCUGUAGCAAGUUGUGCCCCGAGUUCCGCUCGCGGCCAGUUCGAGUAGUUCCCCUCCCAAGUAGUGUCACGAACGGCAAGUUCCUCGAGGCGAUUCGUAAAAUGACGAGGAUCCGUUCGAGGUCGUUCACGAGUGUGUUGCGCGAUGGAACGACGAAGAAAACGCGAGAAGAGGAAAAACUUGAUCGAGGUCACGUCGUCAGAGGAAGAAUAACGUUGUGUCGCGCGGAAACCUAAUGACAUAUCGUGCUUUUCUAAAUCGCGAAGACAGUCACUUAUAUAUUUGAACUGUAUAGAUCGAACGCGGGUGUAAACUGGGAGUUUGUAGGUACAAAGCGAGGAAGGAAUUGAUAUGCCUUUUCGGAGAAUCGGUUGCGUGAUGAGAGACUGUCAUGUUUUUAAGAUGAUCAUCAAAGUAAAGAAAUGAAGCAAACGACAAGGAGGAAAAAGAGGGAGAAAGCGAAACAAGAAUCUUCGUACUGGAAGAGUCAAGCUUUAAAAAAAAAAAGAAGAAAUAUAUAAAAUACAUGAGAGAGUCCCGGCAGAUAUUAAUCUUAAAAGUAAAUAUAGCUUAAAUAAGUUUGGCUUAAAAUCUUUCUUAAAAUUACGCAUUGGCAGUUAAUGAAAUAAUAUUUAAUAGGAAAAAUUGAAUAACAGGCAUUGAAGAGAGAUGUAUAGUAUAAUACAGCGGUAAGAGAUAGGAGACGAAGAGAAUUGAAGGAAAAGGACGAUGCAUCGAACAUCGGUCGAAAGCGCGCUGGAAACGUAAACGAAAUAAUAGUCAAGAAAGAACCGGGAACAGUCAAGAUAUACCGGGAAUGCUAAACGAGAGCUAUGCAAAUAAUGCGAUUGUCCGAUGCUGUUCCUCGCAGGACACGCUGGACGUGCCACCGGAGCACAGGAAAUUCCGGCGCAUUCACGGGCUGCAGCUGCCGCUACACCCUCAGCAGAUUGUCGGUUGGGUGCUGCUGAUUGUCGUGUUCAUCGGCACUUUCACCGUGCUGCUGACGACGCCGCCGUUGUUGCCCGAUCUGCGCUUCAUCCUCUCGUUACUGUUCGCUGCGUUGUUCCUGCUGCACGUGUCGACUCAUUUGACGGUGUUGCUGCUAGAUCCGGCCGAUUCCGAGAUCCGCGCUCGACCAGCUCGCGUGAUCGUACCGGAAUUCGAUCGAACGAAGCAUCGGCACGUCAUCGAGAACAGCCGAUGUCAUCUUUGUAACAUAACGACGCGUGGUCAGCGGACCAAGCACUGCUCUAUUUGCAACAAGUGCGUGCCGCAUUUCGACCAUCACUGCAAGUGGUUGAACAAUUGCAUCGGCGGCCGUAAUUAUCUGGCGUUCCUGGUGUGCCUGUCGUCGACGCUCGUCGCCGCGCUCGCGGUCACCGCGCUCGCCCUCGGCGAACUGGUGCUCGUUAACACACCCUUCCUCGUCAACAACAGAUCGUCUACAUGGGACUAUGGUGCAGGUAACACGAGCAUGAACAACGCCACGGCGACCCCACCGUUGUUGCCGGUGCCCGGCACCGGCUCCCUCGUCCUCGUCACCGUCAUUGGCGUUCUCUCGGCCAUCGCCGCGGUGAUGCUUAUACACCUCUGCUUCUUUCACGGCUAUAUCGCCUGUCUCGGUCUCACCACGUACGAAUACGUGCGCAACAAGCGGGAGAGAGACAUCGCCAUCACUACUACCGACUCUAGAACAACGUCCACCUCUGGCCUGUGUGGUAUACCUUAUUGCACCGCUGCCGAUGGGGAGGAUCAUAUGGACCGAAUGGUACCUGGCGCGCGUAGUCUCUAUUCUCGCUUCUGCGACAACGGUCCUGUACUCAAAACUAGUACGAGAAUGAUGACAACGGACGUGUACGUUUGCUCGACGCACGAGGGAACUCGGAGCGAGGAAGCAACGGCGAACGUUAAAGAUAUCGCCUCCAAGACGUUGCCUUCGAUGAGAGGUGGCCGGAAUUUUCGUCUUUGUUUCUCAUACGAUUUGCGCACCACCGAGACCUCCAUUCAAGUCUCUUCCUCUCAAGCGACGGACGUGGAGUUGAGAAACCACAGUGAUUCGCCGGAUACCAAAUCAUCCUCCACACCUUCGCCGGUAUCUUGUUGCUUCUCCAUCAUGAAUCAUCCCGAUGGCAACAGGCACGAUUCAGGAACCGGACGAAAACAUCGCACCGGAGAACAUAGGAUCGAGCCCACGAAACGCUCCUGCGGAACGAUGAGAAGAAUACAGACUUUUCUGCAGUCUCGUCUGAGGAAAGGUUCGAGACAACGGUUGACUUCGUCGUCGGCGAUCGCUCGUCAUUGCGGCAACAAGAUCAUUCCGCAGGCAGGCAGUCCUCCGGACGUCGCACUUGCCUUAACCGAACGUCAAGAUCGGAAUGCUGUCGAACCGACGGAGUUGACAACUCCACCGGAUUAUCCACGUCCACCGACGAAGCUACCCGCCCUAGAUUUUUCGCGCACCGUUCGCAAAAUUAGAAAAGUACCUUCGAGUACCACUGAUAUUUCCGUCCUGGGGCAGAUGCCACCUUCCGCGAUAUCUAAACGAAAUCAAACUCACCUCCUCCGCACACGGCGGAGCGGGAGUUUUUCCAAGAAGAGACCGCAUUUCAAGAUCGGCUCGCAUUUAACGCAGACCGCUCAACUGUCGCCCAUACCGGAGUCCGAACUUUCAAAACCGGCUACACCGAGAUCACCGUCGCGAUCGGCUUCUAUAUUCGCCUUUCCACCAUUACACGAGUAACGUUAUC